CAGGCCCCCCCUUAUGCCGCCACGGCUGCCGGAUGCCCUCGUGCCCCGCGGCGGCUCCCCGGCGAGGGACCGGGCCUUCCCCGAAUCCGCCCCGGAGUUGAGGAAGCCAUCCGGGCCGGGCCGGCCGCCGGGCUCCACGAAAGACACCGACUGAGCGCGGGCUCGGCUUCUCGCUCCGGGUAGGAGUCCCGUGACGGGCCCGGCCUCCGGCCCUCCCUUCUGCCCCCUCCCCCCGCCCCAUGGAGGCAGGAGACCCCGGGCUGCCCACCAUGAAGCCCCCCCAGCCGCGGCCGGCGGCGGAGGAGCCGACGGCCGACGGCCGGGCCGCCUCCCUCCGCGAGCUGCACGGUGCGCACGAGGCUCAACGGAGACAGGCGAAGCUCGUCAGGAAGCUGCAGGCCAAGGUGCUGCAGUACCGGUCGUGGUCCCGGGAGCUGGAGCAGCGUCUGGAGGCCGUGGAGGGACCCGGCGCCCGCAAGUGGGAGGAGGAGGAGCUGAGGCCGGAGCAGCUGCUGACCCGCCUGGAGGAGGAGCAACAGAGGUGCCAAGGCCUGGCCGACCUCAACACCCAGCUGCGGCAGCACCUGGAGGAAGCCGGCGUGGUUAACCGGGCCCUGCGCCAGGACCUGGGGAAACUGAGCGCCGACUGGAGCCGGGCCCGCGAUCAGCUGGCCAGGAGGGAGAGCGAGCGGCGGAUGGAGCAGGAGUUCUUCGAGGGCUACCUCAAGGGGGAGCGCGGACGCCUGCUCGGCCUGUGGCGGGAGGUCGUGACCUUUCGGCGCCAUUUCUUGGAGAUGAAGACGGCGACCGACAGGGACCUCUCCGUGCUCAGGGCCGAACAAGUGCGACUCUCUGGCUCCCUGCUGGCCAGCUGCCGGGGCCUGACCGCCGGGGCGCGGGCCCGGAGGCCCACCGGAGAGGAGCGGCCGGCCCAGUCCCCGCCGAGCGAAACAGGAAAGGAGAGCCCAGAGGGGCCGGGUACGGAGACCCAAGAGGACGUGGAGAAAACGGAGCUUCGGGACAGGGCGUCCGAGCUGUCGGCGCUCCUGGCCCGGGCUCAGAAGCGGAGUGAAGAGCGGGAGCGGGAAGCGAUGAGGCCCGGGGCCACCGUGGCACCGGGGCCGGUCAGUGCGGACGGGGCGCGGACGGGCCUCGGGCCGCUCGGUCGGGGGGCGGAGGGUGAGGGGCCCCCGCCGCAGCAGCGGGCGGAGCCCGAGGCCUCCGGGCCGAGAGAGCCGCGGCGGCCGGACGGUGAAGAGGGGGAACGGGAGGAGGAGGAGCGGGCCCGGCGGCGGGAGCUGCGGCAGCUGCAGGAAGAGCGGGCCGUUCUGGCCGCACGAGCCCAGGGCCUCCGGGAAGAAAGGGACGCCCUCAGCAGGGAGUGCGCGCGGCUGGAGGAGGCGCGGGGGGCGGUCCGGCAGCGGCUGGAGGUCCUGGAGCAGGAGGCCCGGCGCCUUCGCGCGCUCAACACCGACCUGCAGCUGCGGGGGGAUGCCGCCCAGAGCCUCGAGGAGCAGCACCAGCGCGACUUGGCGCAGGCCCUGAGGGAGGCCGAGCGGCUGCAGGGCGAGCUGGGCUCCCUGGAAGCCCAACUCUCGGGGGCGCGGAGCGAGGUGGUGGCCCUGAGCCAGGCCCUGGACAAGAGCCGGCUGGAGGGAGAGCUGCUGAGGCAGGAGGCGGAGGAGACGGCCAAGGCCCUGGCCCGGGCGGAGGGGUCGGUGGCCGAGCUGGCGGGAGCCGAACGCCGUCUGCGGGCCGAGGCGGCCGACCUGCGGGACGCCGUGGCCAAGGUCGGCGACCUGAACGAGGCCCUGGCCCGCGACAAGCUGGACCUCGGCCGGCAGCUCCUGCAGCUGGAGCGGGAAAACCAGGCGGCGGGACGGGCGGCGGCCGAGGCGGAGCGGGAGAGCGGGGCCGCGCGGGCCCGGCUGCGGGAGGCCGAGAGGAGCGCGGAGGCCCUGCGGGCCGAGAGGUCGGACCUCGAGUCGCGCCUCCGGGGGGCCGAGGAGGCCCUGGCCCGGCUGCGGGAGGACCUGGGGGCCGCCGGCCGGGACAGAGACCGGGCCCGAGAGCGGCUCGAGCAGGAGCGGCGCCGGCGGGAGGAGACCGCCCGGGAGCUGGAGCGCCUGCGGGACGAGGCCCGGCGCCACGGGGAGGCCGUGGCCCGCGAGGCGCGCGACAGGGAGGCCGCGGUGCGGGCGCGGGCCCAGCUGCAGGUGCGACUGCAGGCCGCCGAACGCCAGCACCUCCUCCUCUCCGAGCGGCUGCUGGAGCGCAGCUCGGCGCAGGAGGCCCUGGAGGCCCACCUGUUUGAGGCGCAGCAGCAGAGUUCGCUGCUGGGGGUCAGCGCGGGGCAACUGCAGAUCCAGCUACAGACCGUCACCCAGGCCAAGGAGGUCAUCCGAGGGGAAGUGAGGUGUCUGCAGGCGGAGCUGGAGGCCGAGCGGAAGCGGACGGAGCAGGAGCGGGAAGCCCAGGCCGCCCGAGAGCAGGAGGUGUGCCGGCUCCGGGACCAGCAGGCCUCUGCCCUGGCUCGGCACCAACAGGAGCUGCAGGCUGCGUUGCAGCGAGCGGACCGGGAGAAGACCGAGCUGCGGGAGGCGUUGCAACGGGCGGACCGGGAGAAGACCGAGCUGCGGGAGGCGUUGCAGCAAGCGAGCGGGGAGCAGAGCGAACUUCAGGAGGCGUUGCAACUAGCAGGCAGGGAGCAGAGCCAGCUGCAGGAGGCCUUGCUGCAAACGGGUAGCGAGAAGGCCGAUUUUCAGGAGGCACUGCGGCAAGCAGGCAGGGAGCAAACCGAGUUGCAGAAGGCGUUGAGGCUGGCAGGCGAGGAGAAGAGUGAGUUGCAGGAGGCAUUGGAGCAAGCGGGUAAGGAGAAAACCGAGUUUCAGGAGGCACUGCAGCGAGCAGGCAGGGAGCAGAUCGAGCUGCAAGCAGUAUUGCAGCAAGCAGAUCAGGAGAACGCCGGACUGCGGGAGGCUUUGCAGCUCGCGGAUCGGGAGAAGAUCGAGUUGCGGGAAGCGUUGAAGCGAGCGGGCGGGGUGCAGAACGAGCUGCAGGACGAUUUGCAGCGAGCGGGCAGGGAGCAGAUCGAGCUGCAAACAGUAUUGCGGGAAGCGGAUCGGGAGAACGCCCGACUGCGGGAGGCUUUGCAGCUCGCGGAUCGGGAGAAGACCGAGAUGCGGGAAGCGUUGAAGCGAGCGGGCGGGGAGCAGAACGAGCUGCGGGCGGCAUUGCAGGAAGCGGGCAGGGAGAAAACUACAUUUCACGAGGCACUGCAGCAGGCAGGUCAGGAGAAGGCCAAACUGCAGGAGGCAUUGCAGCUGGCAGAUCAGGAAAAGACCGAGCUGCAGGAGACGUCGCAGCGAGCGGGCAGAGAGCAGAGUGAGCUGCAGGAAGAUCUGCAGCGAGCCGGCAGGGAACGGAGCGAGCUGCAGGCGGCAUUGCAGGAAGCGGGCCGGGAGAAAACCGAGUUGCAUGAGGCGUUGCAGCAGGCGGGUCGGGAGAAAGCCGAACUGCAGGAGGCAUUGCAGCAGGCACAUCGGGAAAAGACCAAGCUGCAGGAGGCGUUGCAGCGGGCGGGCAAGGAGCAGAGCGAGCUGCAGGAGGAUUUCCGGCGAGCAGGCAGGGAACGGAGCGAGCUGCAGGCGGCAUUGCAGGAAGCGGGCCGGGAGAAAACCGAGUUUCAUGAGGCGCUGCAGCGAGCGGGCAGGGAGCAGAAGGAGCUGCAGGCGGCAUUGCAGGAAGCGGGCCGGGAGAAAACCGAAUUUCAUGAGGCGCUGCAGCGAGCGGGCAGGGAGCAGAAUGAGCUGCAGGCGGCAUUGCAGGAAGCGGGCCGGGAGAAAGCCAGACUGCAGGAGGCUUUGCAGCUGGCAGAUCGGGAGAAGACCGAGUUGAAGGAGGCAUUGCGGCGAGCCGGCAGGGAGCAGAGCGAGCUGCAGGCGGCAUUGCAGGAAGCGGGUCGGGAGAAAACUGAGUUUCACGAGGCGUUGGAGCGAGCGGGCAGGGCGCAGAAUGAGCUGCAGGAGGCUUUGCAGCGAGCGGAUCGGGAGAAAGCCAGACUGCAGGAGGCUUUGCAGCGAGCAGAUCGGGAGAAGACCGAGUUUAAGGAGGCGUUGCAGCGAGCGGGCAGGGAGGAGAGUGAGUUGCAGGAGGCGUUGCAACAAGCGGGCAGGGAGCAGAGCAAGCUACGGGAGGCAUUGCAGGAAGCAGGCCAGGAGCAGAGUGAGCUGCAGGCGGCGUUGCAGCGAGUGGAUCAGGAGAAAGCCAAUUUUCAGGCGGCUCUGCAGCUAGCAGACCGGGAGAAGAAUAAGCUGCAGGAGGCGCUGCAGCGAGAGGGCAGAGAGCGGAGCGAGCUGCAGGCGGCAUUGCAGGAGGCGGGCCGGGAGAAAACCGAAUUUCAUGAGGCAUCGCAGCGAGCAGGCAGGGAGCGGGACGAGCUGCAGGCGGCGUUGCAGCGAGCGGACCGGGAGAAGACCGAGCUGCAGGAGGCGUUGCGGCUAGCCGACAGGGAGAAGACCGACUUGCAGGAGGCGUUGCAGCGAGCGGGCAGGCAGCUGAACGAGCUGCAAGCAGCACUGCAGGAAGAGGGCAGGGAGCAGAGCAAGCUGCACGAAGCAUUGCAUGAGGCGGGCAGGGAGAAAACUGCAUUUUGUGAGGCGCUGCGGCAGGCAGAUCGGGAGAGAGCCAAACUGCAGGAGGCAUUGCAGCAGGCAGAUCAGGAAAAGACCGAGCUGCAGGAGGCGUUGCAGCGAACCGGCAGGGAGCAGAGCGAGCUGCAGGAGGAUCUGCAGCACGCGGACAGGGAGCGGAGCGAGCUGCAGGCGGCAUUACAGGAAGCGGGCAGGGAGAAAAUCGAGUUCCACGAGGCGUUGCAGCGAGCGGGCAGGGAGCAGGAUGAGUUGCAGACGGCGUUGCAACGAGGGGAUCAGGAGAAAGCCAGACUGCAGGAGGCUUUGCAGCGAGCAGAUCGGGAGAAGACCGAGUUGCAGGAGGCGUUUCGGGAAGCGGGCAGGGAGCAGAACGAGCUGCAAGCGGCAUUGCAGGAAGCACGCAGGGAGGAGAUCGAGCUGCGUAAAGCACUGAAUGAAGCGGGCAGGGAGAAAACCGCACUUCACGAGGCACUGCGGCAAGCGGAUGAGGAGAAAGCCAAACUGCAGGAGGCACUGCAGCGGGCAGAUCAGGAAACGACCAAGGUGCAGGAGACGUUGCAGCGAGCGGGCAGGGAGCAGAGCGAGCUGCAGGAGACGUUGCAGCGAGCGGGCAGGGAGCGGAGUGAGCUGCAGACGGCAUUGCAGGAAGCGGGCCGGGAGAGAAGUGAGUUUCAUGAGGCGUUGCAGCAGGCUGGUCGGGAGAAGGCCAAACUGCAGGAGGCAUUGCAGCAGGCACGUCGGGAAAAGACCAAGCUGCAGGAGGCGUUGCAGCGAGCGGACAAGGAGCAGAGCGAGAUGCGGGAGGAUCUGCAGCGAGCAGGCAGGGAGCGGAGCGAGCUGCAGGCGGCAUUGCAGGAAGCGGGUCGGGAGAAAACCGAGUUUCAUGAGGCGCUGCAGCGAGCGGGCAGGGAGCAGAAUGAGCUGCAGGCGGCUUUGCGGCGAGCGGAUCGGGAGAAUGCCAGACUGCAGGAGGUUUUGCAGCUAGCAGAUCGGGAGAAGACCCACUUGCAGGAGGUGUUGCAGCGAGCCAACGGGGAGCAGAGCAAGCUGCGUGAAGCAUUGCAGGAAGCGGGCAGGGAGAAGACUACAUUUCAUGAGGCACUGCAGCAGGCAGGUCAGGAGAAAGCCAAACUCCAGGAGGCAUUUCAGCAGGCAGAUCAAGAAAAGACCGAGCUGCAGGAGGCGUUGCAGCGAGCGGGCAAGGAGCAGAGCGAGCUCCAGGAGGAUUUCCAUCGAGCAGGCAGGGAGCGGAGCGAGCUGCAGGCGGCAUUGCAGGAAGCGGACAGGGAGAAAACCGAGUUUCAUGAGGCGCUGCAGCGAGCGGGCAGGGAGCAGAAUGCGUUGCAGGCGGCGUUGCGGCGAGCGGAUCGGGAGAAAGCCAGACUGCAGGAGGAUUUGCAGCGAGCAGAUGGGGAGAAGACCGAGUUGCAGGAGGCGUUGCAGCGAGCGGGCAGGGAGCAGAACAAGCUGCAAGCGGCAUUGCAGGAAGCAGGCAGGGAGACGACUACAUUUCACGAGGCACUGCAGCAGGCCGGUCAGGAGAAGGCCAAACUGCAGGAGGCGUUGCAGCUGGCAGAUCAGGAAAAGACCGCGCUGCAGGAGACGUUGCAACGAGCGGGCAAGGAGCAGCGCAAACUGCAGGAGGAUUUCCAGCGAGCAGGCAGGGAGCGGAGCGAGCUGCAGGUGGCAUUGCAGGAAACCGGCAGGGAGAAAACCGAGUUCCGUGAGGCGUUGCAGCGAGCGGGCAGGGAGCAGACUGAGUUGCAGGCGGCGUUGCAGCGAGCGGAUCGGGAGAAAGCCAAGCUGCAGGAGGAUUUGCAGCGAGCAGACGGGGAGAGGACCGAGUUGCAGGAGGCUUUGCAGCGUGCGGGCAGGGAGCAGAACGAGCUGCAGGCGGCAUUGCAGGAAGCGGGCAGGGAGAAAACUACAUUUCACGAGGCACUGCAGCAGGCAGGUCAGGAGAAGGCCAAACUGCAGGAGGCAUUGCAGCUGGCAGAUCAGGAAAAGACCGAGCUGCAGGAGACGUCGCAGCGAGCGGGCAGAGCGCAGAGUGAGCUGCAGGAAGAUCUGCAGCGAGCCGGCAGGGAACGGAGCGAGCUGCAGGCGGCAUUGCAGGAAGCGGGCCGGGAGAAAACCGAGUUGCAUGAGGCGUUGCAGCAGGCGGGUCGGGAGAAAGCCGAACUGCAGGAGGCAUUGCAGCAGGCACAUCGGGAUAAGACCAAGCUGCAGGAGGCGUUGCAGCGGGCGGGCAAGGAGCAGAGCGAGCUGCAGGAGGAUUUCCGGCGAGCAGGCAGGGAGCGGAGCGAGCUGCAGGCGGCAUUGCAGGAAGCGGGCCGGGAGAAAACCGAGUUUCAUGAGGCGCUGCAGCGAGCGGGCAGCGAGCAGAAGGAGCUGCAGGCGGCUUUGCGGCGAGCGGAUCGGGAGAAUGCCAAGCUGCAGGAGGCUUUGCAGCUAGCAGAUGGGGAGAAGACCGAGCUCCAGGAGGCGCUGCAGGGAGCGGGCAGGGAGCAGGACGAGCUGCAGGUAGCGUUGCGGCGAGCGACCCAGGAGAAAGCCAAGCUGCAGGAGGCGUUGCAGCAGGCGGGUGGGGAGAAGAGCGAGCUGCAGGAGGCGGUGCGACGCGCUGACCGGGAAAGGUCCGAGCUGCAAGAGGCGUUACGGCAGGCGGGCCGGGCGCGGAGUGAGCUGGAGAAAGCGCUGCGGCAAACGGACGGGGAGAAAACCGAGCAGCAGUUAGCCCUGCGGGAAGCAGUCGGGGAGCAGGCCAGGCUGCGGGAGGCCCUGCAGCAAGCCGGCCGGGAGCGGGGCGAGCUGCGGGAGGCGUUGCGGGGAGCCGGCGAGGCAGAGGCCCAACUGCAGGAGACGUUGCAGCGGGCGGACCGAGAGAACUCCGAGCUGCGGGAGACCCUGCAACAAGUUGGCAGGGAGCAGGCCACACGGCAGGAGGCGUUAAGGCAAGCGGACGAGGAGAAGGCCAAGCUGCAGGAGGCGCUGCGGCAAGCCAGCGAGGCGCAGAGCGAGCCGCGGCGGGCGGGCUGGGAAAAGACAGAGAUUCGGGAGGCGCUGCAGGGAGCAGACGGGGAUAAGGCGGAGCUGCAAGAGACGCUGCACCGGGCAAGCCGGGACCAGGCAGCGACGCGGGAAGCGCUGCGGCAAGCAGACGAGGAAAAGACCAAGCUGCGGGAGGCGUCAGAGCAGGCAGACCGGGAGCGGAAGGAGCUGCAACAAGCGCUGCAGGAAGCUGACGAAGAGAAGGCUCGGCUGCGGGAAGCCUUACGGCGGGCAGGUCUGGAGCAAGCCGAGGCCCAGCGAAACUCGCAGCGAGCUAACCGGGAGCGGGGUGAGCUGCAAGAAGCGUUGCGACGAGCAAGCCAGGAGCAGAGCAGGCUGCAGCAGCUGCUGCGGCAAGCAGGCGAGGAGAAGGCCGAACUGCAGGAGGCUUUAGAGCAAGCCGGGCGGGAGCAGAGCCGGCUGCAGCGGGCAUUGCAGCAAGCCGACGGCGAGCGGCACAACCACCAGGCAGCCUUGCGGCAGGCGGACGGGGAACAGACUGAGUUGCGGGGGGCCUUGCAGCAAGUGGGUAGCGAGAUGACGGAGCCGCAGCGAGCGUUGCAACGAGCAGGGGGGGAGCGGCGCGAGCCGCAGCAGGCGCUGCAACGAGUGGACUCGGAGAAGGCCGAGGCGCAGGGGGCAUUCCGGCGGGCAGACGAGGAGAGAGCUGAGCUGCGGCGGGCGUUGCAGCAAAUGGACAGAGACGAGUCCGCCCUGCAGCAGGCGCCGCAGCAGCAAGCCGACCCCGGUGGGGCCCAACCGCGGGAGGCCUCACGGCCAGCGGGCCUGGAGCCGGCCGAGCUAGAGCGGGUCUCGGAGCAAGCGGGCGAGGAGAAGACUGGGCUGCAGGAGGCGUGGCGGGAGGCCGCCCGGGAGCCGUCGGAGCUCGUGCGGCAAGCGGGCCGGGAGCAGAGCGACCCGCAGCGGGCGUUGCAGCGAGUGAGCCGGGAGAAGGCCCGAGCCCAGGAGCCGCCGCGGUUAGCCGACAAGGAGAAGGCUGGGACGCAGGAGACGCUGCGGCGGGCGGGCGGGGAGAGGGCCGGGCCGCGGGACACGAGCCCGGAGAAGACCGGGCCGGAGCAGGCAUCGCGACGGGCGGACAAGGAGAAGACCGAGCCGCAGCCGGUCCUGCAGCAAGCCCCGCGGGAGCACGGCGGGCCGCAGCAGGCGGCGGGGGAGAAGGCCGAGGUCCAGGAGGCUCUGCAGCGAGCCGAGCGGGAGAAGGCCGAACCGCGGGAGGCACUGCAGCGGGCAGGCCGGGAGCAGGCCGAGAUGCAGGAGGAACUGCAGCGAGCGAGAAAGGAGCGGAACCAACUGCGGGAGGCCUAUGAGGAGCUGCAGGAGGCCGCUGCGGCGGCGGGGACCCGGGGAGAGGAUCGCGACCUGGCCCGGACAGCCAGCCACCAGCAGGUGGACGCAGAGCAGGGGAGGCCGGCCCUGCCGGACGCGGAGGAGACGGGGCGGCCGACCCUGCCGGACGCGGAGACGGAGCGACCGUCCCUGCCGGACGCGGAGACGGAGCGACUGUCCCUGCUGGAGGCCCUCCUGCUCACCCAGGGCGAGCUGACCGCCGCCGGCCAGCUGCUGCGGGGCCUGAGGCAGGACCUGAGAGCCCAGCAGGGAGAGGAGUGGCGCUGCCGGCUCCCCCGCGGGCCGGAGGCAGCGUCCCCGCUGGAGCCCGAGGCCCAGCGGUGGCGGGAGGAGGCCCGGGAAGCUCGGCGGCGGCUGGCGGAGGCCCAGGAGGCCCGGCGGCGGUCCAGGGGGGCCCAGGAGCGGCUGGCGGAGGCCACCCAGCGGAGGCCAGAGGAGCCGGAGGCCGGGCGGGGCCGACCCGGGGAGGCCGAGCCCGGGGUCACGCGGCUCCGGGCCACGGAGAGGGAGCGCUUCGGCUCGGCUCCGGCCCCGGAGGAGCGGGAGCAGCGGGACCCUAGCAGCCUGCGGAGCCACGGGCCACAGCCCGGGGAUGGCGGGGCCCAGGUGCGGGUGCCCGCCGGGACGCCGCGGGAGGUGGCCGUCGGGGACCCGCAGACCUCGCUCGCCACGGCGGGGCUCCGUCCGGACCGGCGGCCGCUCGACGCGGAGAGCCGGGCCGCCGUCUCGGACCGGGAGCGGCGAGGCCGCCCGCCGCAGACCCGGCCGCCCGGGCCCCGCUCCGCCCCACGCCGACCCCCGGGGGCCUCUGGGGCGGCCGGGCCCGAGCUCCACCGUGGCGGGGACCCCCGUCUCCCCCUUCCCGUCGGGGCAGGACGGGAGAGGGGUUUUCGAGCCGGCCCCGCCCUGUCCUUCCAGAGGGAGCCGGAGGCGCCAGGGGCCGCGGGACGGAGCCCGGCGUCGGAGGGGCGGCGGCCCUCGGCGGCAGAACCAAGCCGGGCCCCGGAGAGGAACCGGCGGGCGGCCGGCCGGGUCCCGGACCAGGGGGACGAGGGGAUCGAGGCGGACGAGCGGAGGCGGGCGCGGGGCCCGCCGGCCCGGCCGCGGCCAGAUGUCGCCCCCGGGACCACCGCGCCGGAGGCAGAGCCGAGCCCCCCGCCCAGCGCCCUCGGGGAGAGAGCGGAGGGCGGCGGGGCCCGGGCCGGGGGCGGGCGGCGGGAAGGAACGUCCCCGGGAGAGCAGACCCGCCGUCCGCCGGAACCGCGGGGAGCUGAGAGGGCCCAACGGGCCCCCCCAGCCGCCGGCACGGAGGAGAGAGACCGAGUCAGCGGGGCCCAGGAGGAAGACAUCCGUGCUCUGGAAAAGCAGGGAGCGACCCGGCCGGCCUCUCCGGGACGCUCGACUCUAGAGCGCCCGUCCCCGGAAUGGGAAGAGAGGCGUCGGGAGGCCGAGGCCCGGGGAGCCCACGGCCGGAAACCCGGACAUCAGGGAGGAAGGCGAGGGGGCGAGCCGGGCCCCGGGACCCUGGAGCCGGAGGAGAGGCCCCGCGAGAUCCGAUCCCAGAGAGAGCCGCCCCGCCGGCCGGACGGCCCGGCUCCCGCGCCGCCCGGGGGGAGGCCGCAGGAGGGCGACGGCUCGAGGGCCCCGGGGGCCCCGGCACCGCACGGCCCGGGGCGUGCGCCGACGGACCCGCCCCGCGAAGAGGAGGAGGAGGAGGAGGAGGAGCCGCGGGGUCGGCCGGAGGUCCGGGACCUGCGGGGGCGAGCGUCCGAGCCGGCCCGGCUCCCGCGGCACCGGGCCCCCGGGGCGGCUCCGGCGGGGCGCCGGGGGCCGCCCGGAGCCGCGGAGCCGGCCGGGCCCGGCGGCGAGGAGCCGGGCCUCGAGAGAAGCCCGGGGGGAGCCCAGCCGGCGGAGCGCGAGGAGGACGGCGGGCGGGGCGGCGGGGCCGGGCUGUGGGAAUCGGAGCCGCAGCGAGAGCCGGAUGAGGAGGAGGCCCCACGGGACCAGCUCGACCCUCCCCGGCGGGGCCCGGACGAGCCGGAGCGCCAGCGGGCCCUCCUCCGCCGGGAGGAGCCGGGGCCCGGCCGGGGGCCGUCGCGGCAGCCGGAGGGGACGGGACGGGACCCCCGGGGGGACGGGGAGCCGCCGGAGGGGACGCCCGGUCCCCCCCAGUGGGUCCCGGCCCAGCGGGCCAAGCGGCCCGGGUGGCCGCCGGAGGCCCCGAGGGAGAGGAGAUUUCCAAGCCCCCAGACCGGAGGGGAGGAGGCGGAGGCCGCCGGGCUGAGGCGGGAGCUGGAGCGGAUGAGGACCUGCCUGAGGCGGACCGAGGCCCGAGAGAUCGAGUGGAGGGAGAGGGCCCGCACCCUGGCCCGCACCCUGGCCGCGGCCACGCUCCCAGGGGACUCCCCGUCGGGGGAGGACCGGCAGCCGGACCCGCGGCGGGCCCCGGGAGUGGAACGCGGGCCUAGGCCGGAAGAGGGGCGGCGAGCGGACGGCCCGCGACGAGCGGUGGCCGGGCUAGAGCAGGAACGGGACCGGCUGCAGCGGCACAAUGCCCAGCUCAGAGCCACUUUGGAGGAGGUGGAGAGGGAACGGAGGAGGCUGAAGAGGAGUUCCUCACGCCGCCCCGCGGAGGACGCCCGGCCGGCCGCCCCGCAGGAAGAAGAGGGGGGGACGGUCACGCCGGGCUCGGCUCAGGUGGCGGCCCUCUGCAGACAGGUAAGGGCCGCGGGGGUCCGGGGAGCCGGCGGGGGUCCGUCCCCCACUCCCUCCCCCGAACUCCGGAAGAAGCAGGCCUCACGCGGGACGGCGGGUCGUGUCCAACCUCGCCUGCCCGCAUCCGCCCCGGCGCCCGGCCCCCAGCGAGCACCUCACGGACGCCGUAGCCGUCGUCGGUCGGGGUCUCCGGCCGGCGCGCCCCGCGGGGCGGGCCGGCCCGGGGUGGGGAUCCCCCCUCUGAGGGUCGCCUGUCCGUCCGUGUCCCUCCUCCCCGCCCACGUCCCCGUCCGGCAGGUGACACAACUGCGGAGGCAGCUGGCGCUGGAGCGGCAGCAGAAGGGGGCCUACGUGGCCCGCUGCGCGCGGACCAGCCGGGAGCUCGCCGGCCUCCACCACCAGCUGGCCCGCUCCCUGGCCGCCGUGGCCCGGGCCCCCGACGCCACCGUGCUCGAGGCCCAGACCCGCGAGCUGGACGAGUCGCUGACCCUCGGCACCGCCUCCCCGGGGCCCUCCCUCCCGAGCCCCGCGCCGCCUUCCCCCGGCCCGGGGCCGCCCGGGCCCGCGUCCCGGCCCCCCGGCGGGGCCCGGCCCGGUGCUCGAGCGGGACCCUCCGCCUCGCUGCCCUCCGCGCCCCUCUUAAGCCCCCGCUUCUCCCCCUCCAGGGGCCAGGAGACGUUGGCGUGAGGCCCCGCUGGGCCUCGGGGCAGCCGCGGGGGUCGGGGCCCGGCCCGGCCCCCCGGGACCCCUGGACCGGCUGAGCGUCGGCUCCCGUCCCGGCCCCGCGCCGCCCCACGCCCGGUGCCGGAGCCCCUCGGGGAGGGACUGGCUGGACGGACAGGGCCGGGCCGGAAGGGGCAAGCCCUCGGCCCUCGGGCCUCCCCUACUUCUUGUGCCUUGGGAGCUCCGCUCCCCACUUUGAGAAUAAAGCGUCCUCACUUUUCCAGGG